AUGGAAACUGGAAUAAGUUUGGUUAGUAGUGGAAACAACAAACUUCCAUAUGAAUUCAGUUCGACACCAAGAAAGAAGUUUGAUUAUUUAGCAGCUACAUAUUUAUCUCUUCUAUCAAGAAAAAGAGCUGGAGAACCUGUUUCAUUAAUCAAACAGCGUCUUGUCCUUAAGGAAUCUAAAUGUAGCAGCAAUUUAUCAGUUGUUUUUGAUUCAUCACCUGCUACGAAAAGUGUGUCAAUGGACAGUUUAACCAAUUCAGAUUUACUUAUUUUGGGAAGUCCCCAAAAGGAUUCUCUUGAUUCACUUGAUGUUUCUAUACCAAGUUCUCCAUCACUCAGUGUUUCCAGAAAUGCUUCUAAUAAAGAAAACUUUGUCUUGCCUGAAGUUCCCUCUGUUAAGAAAAAUAAGAAGUCUACCUCUAAAAUCAAUUCUACAGAAAAUUAUACCAUUAGAACUCCUAAACCCCUAGGAAUGUCUUCAUCUUUAGAUGGUGCUGUAAAUCAAGUUGGUGAAACUAGUUCAUCUCUUUCUUCACAGCUGCUCUCUGAAAAAAGAGCAAAAUCAUUUGAAUCGCCAACUCUGGUUACUAUGACUCCUCAGAAACAACCUCAAAGGCAUGGAAUGAGUUCAUCUGCUAAGAAGAUGUUUGGAAGCAUUGAGAAAGGAUUAGAUUGUGUCAGAAGUCUCUUAACUCCUAAGAAACGAAUGUACGGUUGUGGAACUAAUAGGCCUCGAAAAGUCAAAAAUCUAUGUAAUGUGUCUGCAACAAAUGAUAAAGUCACUCCUGAAGAAGUUCUGGAAUCCUUACAAAAUGCACUUCUUAGGAAAGGAAUUCCUUGCAAACAAAAUGGAUAUAUACUGCGUGGUAAAAUAUGUAAUGGUAAAAAAAUUCAGUUGAGAUUUGAACUAGAAGUAUGUCAGCUUCCAAAACAUCAGCUUGCUGUUGGUGUCAGACGUAAAAGACUGGAAGGUGAUGCUUGGUACUAUAAAAAAGUCUGUGAAGAAAUACUUCGUCUUGCACUCCUGGAUAAAAGCAGUUUAUCUACAGAUGUCUGAAGGUCUUCAGUAUUUCAGACUGUUACAUAGAAACUGGAUAGCAAAAGUAUUUUGCAACUGCACAUUCAUCACAAAGUUAUAAUUACAUAAAAAAUUUGUAAAUAAAAUUAAUUUUGAAUAUUUUAUCAUUUUAACUUUCUUUUAAUAAAAGGAAUUAUAAAAUUA